AUGGCGAAGUCAAUAGGCAUCGAAGGGAAGGAGGACCGAAGGCGUCUCCAUGUUGUGUGGUCUCUUGAUAAGGAGCGCGCCAAAACCUUCACGCUCCGGAUGCAGAAAUGCCGCUCGACGUUGUGGGACAUCGUGAGGGCUUACUUCAUGGUGCUCAACAGGAUGCCCUACGAGAAGCCGAAGAGCUCUCGAGUGCUUCCGCCUGCUCGACCAGACCCUUCGGUGACACCGCGCACAACCGUGGCGGAUUUUCUGAAGGAUAAGGCACCAGGGUGCGGGACCCAUGAACUCUUCACAUGGCAUGUGGAGAACGGCGUCCCGUUCGCCACAGAGGCGUUUGACGUCGGCCUUUACGAAACGUUCAACAGCCGCUCAUAUGGAGGUGGUCAGAUGGUGUUGAAGCUCACUGGAGUGGCGUUCUGGCUGUUCGGGGUGGAGACUCCGCUGAAGACGGGGAAGCCGCUGACGAAGAGUGGUGGGCAGAAUGACCAGGGCGUGCGCUGGUAUCACUCCCGUAUUCGGGCCUGGGCACGUGUUGCUAUUCUUUCCCGCACCCCUGAGCGGGGCCCUUGGUGGAAGGCGAGGCACAGGGCAUGGGCAUUCAGGCAGAACGCCCUGGUGCUGAUUUCAGAUGAUGGAAUUGAUCUGGGAUUCAACGAUGCCGUCGAGGCGCCCUAG